UAUAACUAGCCAUAAUUUUUCUGCUUUCCUCCAUGUUUAUUCACCUGUUUAUCUGUUUUUUGUGUUUGAAAUAUGUCUCAGCAGGUACAAAUAUUACCACCUUUAAAUUCCUUAAAGACCCAGAAACCUUGGUGUCCAGUAAUGCUAUUUUCAAGAUUGGAUUUUUUAGCCCCGGUAAUUCAACCAAUCGCUAUGUUGGAAUAUGGUAUAAUAUCGAGGAUUCUGAUAAAUUGGAAAUUGUAUGGGUAGCUAACAAGGAAAAACCCAUUAAUGACUCUUCUGGUGUACUCAAAAUUUCUGAAGAGGGAAAUCUUCAACUCUUGGAUGGACACAACACGAUCUAUUGGUCGGCUAAUGUGUCUCGUCAGGCAAACAUUUCAGUAGCUCAACUUCUGGACAUUGGGAACCUUAUUUUGCUGUCAAGUAUCAGUAAAAUGAUCAUUUGGCAGAGUUUUGACCAUCUCACAGAUUCACUCUUGCCGCAAAGAUUGUCGUUUCACAAGAAUACGGAUGAGAUUCAACUGCUACGGUCAUGGAAGAGUGCUUCAGAUCCUUCAAGUGGACACUUUUCUCUGACACUUGUUCCUGGAACGCUUUUAGAGUUUUUCACUCAGUAUGAUGGUAAACCUUAUUGGCGAUCUGGUCCAUGGGAUGGUAAUGUUUUCAAUGGUAUUCCUGAUCAGUAUGCGAGGGCUGGCAAUGGGCUUCGAUUAAUGAACGAUGGGUAUGAAGGCCCAGUUGUGCUAUCAUUCUCUACGCCAAAUCAAUCUUUGAUGGCUCAUUAUGUGUUGAAUUAUGAUGGAAAUGUGUUUGCUAAAUACUGGGACGAUAGUAUUAUGAAGUGGAGUAUUUGGCAAUCAAUGAGAUCUGACUGUGAAUUUUAUGGAAAGUGCGGUCCUUUUGGAACUUGUAACCCAAACGAUUCACCCAUUUGUAGUUGUUUAAAGGGGUUUGAGCCGAAGAACAUCAACGAAUGGAACAAUAGAAAUUGGACUAGUGGUUGUGUCCGAAGAACAUCAUUAAAAUGCAGUGAUACUGAAGGCAAAGAAGAUGGCUUUUUGAGGAUUAAGCGUGUGAAAGUGCCAGACUAUGCUACUUGGUUGUUUGCAAACGAUGAAGAUGAUUGCCGGAAGAAGUGCUUGCAAAAUUGUUCGUGUUUGGCUUUUGCGUUUCCUUCGCGUAUUGGAUGCAUGGUAUGGAAUGGAAGCCUGAUUGAUAUUCAAGAAUUUUCUGUUGAUAGUGCUGAUCUUUUCAUUCGCUUGGCUAAUUCAGAACUAGGUGAAACAAGCAAGUUGAAAAUAUUUGUUGCGGUGUUAGCUGUUACUUUUGCUACAUUUUUUGUCUCCAUGUACUAUCUCUGGAAGAGGAUAUCUCGACGAAAAGGCAUGAAAGCCAUCAACAAAGCAAGACAGUUGCUAGACUACAGUGUGGAAGAGGUUGUUUCCAAAGAUUUAGUAUUGUUUAAAUUUAAAACGUUGGAAGGCGCCACAAGUAGCUUUUCGGUAACCAACAAGCUCGGCCAAGGAGGUUUCGGUCCAGUGUACAAGGGAAAAUUGGAAGAUGGAGAAGAGAUAGCGGUUAAAAGGCUUUCACGAACAUCUGGGCAAGGCAUACAAGAAUUUAUGAACGAAUUGAUUGUGAUCUCGAAACUUCAGCACAAAAAUCUGGUUCGACUAUUGGGCUGCUGCGUAGAACAAGAGGAGAGACUAUUGGUUUAUGAAUACAUGCCGAAUAAGAGUUUGGAUGCACUUCUCUUUGAUCCACAUCAUCAAAAUGAGUUGGAUUGGAAGACGCGCUUCAAUAUUAUUAAUGGGGUUUGUCGAGGCCUCUUAUAUCUGCAUAGAGAUUCUAGAAUGAAGAUUAUUCAUCGAGAUCUGAAAGCAAGCAAUAUUUUGCUAGAUGAAAAUCUCAAUCCGAAGAUAUCAGACUUUGGGAUGGCGCGUAUAUUUGUAGCAGAACAAGAUCAAGCCAACACUGGAAGAGUUGUUGGUACAUAUGGUUAUAUGUCUCCUGAGUAUGCUAUGCAAGGUCGUUUUUCUGAGAAAUCGGAUGUAUUUAGUUUCGGAGUUCUACUAUUAGAGACUGUUAGUGGCAGAAAAAACAAUAGCUCUGUGGAUAAUGAGUCAUUGAACCUCUUAUCAUAUGCAUGGAAUUUGUGGAACGCAAAUCAAACGCGUGCAUUUGUCGAUCCAACUGUUUUUGAUCAAUGCUUCCAAGACGAGAUUUUGAUGUGCAUACAAUUGGGGCUGUUAUGCGUUCAAGAAUUUCCCGAGGAUAGGCCAACUAUUUCUGGGGUGAUUUCCAUGCUUGAUGCCGAUAUUGUUACCGAUCUUCCACAUCCAAAUCGACCUGGUUUUACCGAAAGGGAAGUUUAUUCUACUGAUAGACACCCCCAAAAUGGGCAAGAACAUUGUACAGUGAACCAACUUUCUCUGACUGUAGUUAGUGGUCGUUACUCACAAAUAGAGCACCGAUGUGGGACUGAGGUACUGAAGAGCACCGGGAGUGGUGAAGAGAAGCUCACGAAGAGCCCUCCUGUUAGGCUCUACAUUCUCAACAUUGAUGUUUUACAUAUUUAUUUUGUCCUCCUAAAAAGACUACAAGCUGAUAAAAAAAUGGAUUUUCAUUAUUUUUACACCAAGGGCGGCCGCAGCCACAAUACAUAUCUGCGAAAACAUAAUGCUACACUUUUUGUGUAUAUACAAAUCCAAACCCACCCAUUUUGUCUCCAAACGUUUAUUCAUUCACUGUCUGUUCUACAUAUUGAUUUACAUAUGUACGCCUUUCUUCUAUUUCUGUUCUGUUUUCCUACUUUUUUACAAAAUUUUCCCACAAUAUCCAUUAUUACAAAGACAAAUUUUCUUAGAGACCCAGAUACAUUAAUCUCAAAUAAUACCAAUUUCAAACUUGGGUUUUUUAGCCCAACUAAUUCUAUCAAUCGCUACGUCGGAAUCUGGUAUACCAUUCAAGAUUCAGAUAAAUUAGAAGUCAUUUGGGUAGCCAACAGAGACAACCCACUAAAGGACACUUCUGGGGUGUUAAAAAUUUCUGAUGAUGGAAAACUUCAACUUCUAAAUGCACAAAACGAAACGUUUUGGUCAUCAUCAAUAGCAAUAUCUGAAUUUAACGAUCCAGUAGCGGAAAUUUUAGAUACAGGCAAUCUUGUACUGCUCUCGAAUUCUAGUAGGUCGAUAAUCUGGCAAAGUUUUAUGCACCCGACAGAUUCAUUAGUGCCGCCCGUACAAUUCACCAUUCGAGAGAAUAUGAAAAACGGGCCUAUUUUUCGAUCAUGGAAAAACGUAUCGAAUCCAUCGACAGGACGAUUCAGAGCUGCAAUUUACCUCCGGAAUAUUACUGAAAUUUUUGUUUGGGAUGGUAAUAAACCUUAUUGGCGAUCUGGACCAUGGAAUGGAAACAUUCUUCUUGGAGUAGUUCCAUAUAUAUCUAUGGUUUCCUUGAAUGGAUUUAGUAUUAUAGAAAAUAAUUUAAAUACAUUUUACAUGUCAUAUUAUAUGCCAAAUGGAUCGUUAUUUGAACACAUAGUGAUAAAUUAUGAUGGAAAUAUGGUAGUAAAAUCAAUGGAUAGUAAUAAUGGUAAGUGGGUAAUUAAUUGGCAAUCGAGAUUAUCCGAUUGUGAUGUGUUUGGUAACUGUGGUCCUUUUGGAAGUUGUAAUCCGAGAAAUGUUCCGAUUUGUGGGUGUGUGAAAGGUUUUCGACCCAAAAAUGAAAGCGAAUGGAGAAGGGGAAAUUGGACUAAUGGGUGUGUUCGGAAAACUCCAUUGGAAUGUAGUAAUGGAGGAGGGGAUAAGGAUGGUUUUGAAAGGUUACAACAUAGGAAAGUGCCUGAUAAUGCGCAAUGGUUAACGGUUGAUGAAGAUGGUUGUAAGAGGAAUUGUUUAGAAAUGUGUUCAUGUUUAGCUUAUUCUUCUUAUUUUGGUAUUGGUUGUAUGAUUUGGAAUGAGAGCUUGAUUGACAUCCAAGAAUAUCCCAGAUCUGGUGCUGAUCUUUUUAUUCGUUUGGCAACUUCGGAACUAGGUCAAAGUAGAAAACGGAAUAUAAUAGUUCCGGUAAUUAUAAUUAUUGGUACAACAAUAAUCACAGCCAUUUUUUAUUUUCUAUGGAGGUGGAAAAGCAAUAAAAAUGGCAAGAGAGUUACAAGCAAGGAGACAUUUUUGCAUAACAUAAUAGAGGCAAGUGGGAACGAGGUUGAAUUCCAGGAUUGUCCGUUGUUUGAAUUUGAAAAAUUGGUAGUUGCAACGAACAAUUUUAAAGAAAAGAACAAGCUCGGUCAAGGUGGGUUUGGUCCUGUCUAUAAGAUACGUUUGAAUACGCUUAUGAGAUAUGUCCAGGGAAAAUUAGAAAAUGGACAAAACAUAGCUGUUAAAAGACUUUCAAGAGCAUCUGGACAAGGGCAGCAAGAAUUUGUAAAUGAAGUUGUUGUAAUUUCGAAGCUUCAACACAAAAAUUUAGUGAAGCUACUUGGUUGUUGCAUAGAAGGAGAAGAAAAACUGCUAAUCUAUGAAUUGUUACCUAAUAAAAGUUUGGAUGCCUUUUUGUUUGAUCCACUUCAUCGAAAAUUUUUAGACUGGAAGACAAGAUUUGAAAUUAUAAAAGGGAUAUGUAGAGGUGUCCUUUACCUUCAUAGAGAUUCUAGAUUGAAAAUUAUUCAUCGGGAUCUCAAAGCAAGUAAUGUCUUACUCAAUGAAGAGCUCAAUCCAAAAAUAUCUGACUUUGGAAUGGCAAGAAUAUUUGGCGGUAAACAAGAUCAAGCAACAACCUUGAGGGUUGUUGGAACCUAUGGUUAUAUGGCUCUAGAGUAUGCGAUGGAAGGCCGAUUUUCAGAGAAAUCAGAUGUUUAUAGUCUUGGAGUAUUGUUGUUAGAGAUUGUUAGUGGGCGAAGGAAUGGAGGCAUUCAUGAUGGAUCCUUAAGCCUCUUGAGUCAUGCAUGGAAAUUGUGGAAUGAAGAUAAUAUAGUUUCACUUAUAGAUCCAACAAUAUUUGAUCCAAACUUUAAAGAGGAAAUUUUGAGGUCCAUUCAUGUGGGACUUUUGUGUGUUCAAGAAUAUCCAGAAGAUAGGCCUUGUAUCUCAACUAUGAUAAAUAUGCUCGACACUGACUUAAUGGUAGAACUUCCAAACCCGCUAUGUCCUGGCUUCACUCAUAGUCGAAAAGCUUCUGUCGAAGUCCUUCAAGAUCAGCAACAAGAUUGUUCUGUGAAUCUAGUUUCGCUUUCGUGUGUCGAUGGUCGAUAGCACUAAAAGUCGUGUAUAAAUUCACGCAAUUUUAGUGUGCACUUAUCUACUAACAGCAAGUAUUUCUCAAUAAUUGUAUUUUAAUUAUACUUAUCGAUUAAUUAAAAAUACUUAUUAUUUUAUUACCAUUUAAUUAGAUUCAUAUAUAUU